AUGGCGACCUCGAAUCGCCCUGAUGACCUCCCUGUUGAUGGGAAAUCCGACUUUGAAGUCUCUGGUAGCAGUGCCGGCAACAGCGACACCGAAGUCCACAAGUCUGGCAAAAACGGAAAGAACUAUCAUACCUUUGCCGGGGCAGGGGUCUCGGGAGAUCACUACAGACCCGUCGAAACCUACGAAGGGAUUCAUCGCUAUGAUCCAGACUUCACGUGGGAGCCCGCGGAGGAGAAGCGCUUGGUGCGGAAGGUUGACAAACGGAUAUGUACCUGGGUCUGCUUGAUGUUCUUCGCACUGCAACUCGACAGAGGCAACAUAUCCCAAGCUCUCAGCGACAAUUUCCUCGGGGACCUCGGCAUGGACACCAACGAUUACAAUUACGGCCAGACUAUUUUCUACCUCUGCUUCUUAUCCGCUGAACUUCCUUCUCAACUCAUCAGCAAGAAGCUUGGGCCAGAUAAUUGGAUCCCGAUACAGAUGGUGUCCUGGAGUCUCAUCGCCAGCUUCCAGGCUUUCCUUAGUGGGCGAAAAUCUUUCUUCGCUUGCCGCGCACUGCUGGGUUUGUGCGAAGGGGGAUUCAUCCCAGACAGCAUUCUUUACCUCAGCUACUUCUACACUGGGUGGGAGCUACCGGGUCGGCUUAGUUGGUUCUGGGUGAGCUACCAAUCGACGCAGAUUAUAUCUGCCUUUCUCGCUUUUGGCAUCUUGCGCCUCCGGGGCCAUAAUGGUAUGGAAGGCUGGCGGUGGCUGUUCGCCUUGGAGGGAACGUUGACGGGCUUGAUUGGUAUCGCGUCGUGGUUCUACCUGCCGCCGAGCCCGACUCAGACUGCGAGUCAGAGAUGGAACCCAUUCCGCGGGAAGGCUGGGUGGUUCAACGAGAAGGAAGAGAAAAUCAUGGUUAAUCGUAUAUUGAGGGAUGAUCCAAGCAAGGGCGAUAUGCACAACAGACAGGGUCUGAGCUUUCGCAUGCUGUGGGAGUGUGCAAAGGAUUACCACAUGUGGCCCAUUUACCUACUUGGCUUGUCAUGGAUGAUACCUUCGACACCUUCAACUGCAUACCUUACCCUGCAGCUCCGAUCGCUUGGAUUCAGCACCUUUGAAACCAAUCUACUCACAAUCCCAGCAUACGUCCUCUUCAUCCUCCAGCUCCUCUUUUGGACCUACAUGUCCGAGCGCUUCAACGAACGCUUCCUCGUUGGCCUUAUCUCCCAAGUCUGGGCCCUCCCACUCCUCAUCGCCCUCGAGUUGCUGUCAGCAAAAGCCUCUCCUUGGGCUCGCUGGGCUGUCUCAUCGCUUCUCGUCGGUCACCCAUACAUCCACGCUAUCCUCGUAGCCAUCACAUCGCGCAAUGCCGGUACAGUGCGGACUCGCACCGUCGCGAGCGCAAUGUACAAUAUGUGUGUUCAAGCUAGCUCCAUCAUCAGCACGAACAUAUACCGAGAAGACGAUAAGCCGCUGUAUCGCAGGGGUAACAAGGUUCUACUGGGUAUAUGUGCGUAUAACUUUGCGCUGUUUAUCGGGGCAAAGCUGUAUUAUGUGGCGGUUAAUAGGAAGAGAGAGGGUAUAUGGACAGGUAUGACGAAGGAGCAGAAGGAGGUUUAUCUAGAGACGACAAAGGAGGAGGGGAAUAAGCGCUUGGACUUUCGCUUUGCGCAUUAA